CAAACCUCUAACUUCUUUUUUUUAUAAAAAAUAUACAAAUGGCUUAUGCUGCUGCCAAGAUUGAUUGGAUUAAACUUCGUUCAUCUUAUAGUCUAAGUUCCUCAGUCAUAUCAUCUCUUUUUGCCUUUCAUCAAUGGAAUCUUAAUACCAGAGCAAAAAUAGGAAUUUUAGAGAAACAGCUACAAGAUAUAGAUUUUACCUAUUAUCGCUCUAUUUUAAAGAAUAAAUCUAUUGUUAACCAGAUAGAAAAGGAUCUUAAGACAUUUCGUCCAGUAAAAUACCGAGUAAAUCCACAAAUCAAAGCUAUUCAACAGUUUGAAACAAAAGCGAUUGAAAAUGCUACAAAAGUACAAGAAAACGCAAAUAAAGAACUUAUAGAACUUGAAACGGCUUUAUUAAAUAUUCAACAGGCAUUACCAAUUGACGAACUAACAGUAGAAGAUGUAUUAACGGCAUGUCCUAAAAUUGAAGAAAAAGUUGAAGAGAUGGUAAAACGUGAAAAAUGGUCUGUUCCUGGUUAUAAAGAGAAAUUUGGUGAUCUAGCAAUUAUGUAAAAAAUACUUCAAACAAAACAAAACUUUAAUCAUUC